AUGUACCGAGCGGUUGCAGCCGUUGCUUCAUCCCUCAGGUCCUCUGCUUCCAGGAAUCUGGUACGCAGUCGGGUUGUAUCUAGCAGAAAUUAUGCUGCUAAAGAUAUCAAUUUUGGGAUUGGGGCUCGGGCUGCAAUGCUAUCCGGUGUUAGUGAACUUGCCGAAGCUGUAAAGGUGACAAUGGGACCAAAGGGCCGCAAUGUCAUUAUUGAGCAAAGCCAUGGGAACCCCAAGGUCACCAAGGAUGGUGUAACCGUAGCCAAAAGCAUCAAUUUCAUCGAUAAGGCAAAAAAUAUUGGUGCAGAUCUUGUGAAGCAGGUUGCGAGUGCAACUAAUAAGGUUGCUGGUGAUGGUACGACUUGUGCUACCGUGCUGACUCAGGCAAUAUUUGCAGAAGGUUGUAAAUCAGUGGCUGCGGGGCUGAAUGUAAUGGACGUGCGCAGUGGUAUAAAUAUGGCCAUUGAUGCUGUUAUUGCAGAUCUGAAGAGCAGAGCAGUUAUGAUUAGUACACCUGAAGAGAUUACACAGGUAGCCACUAUCUCUGCAAAUGGUGAACGAGAAAUUGGGGAUCUGAUAGCACGGGCAAUGGAGAAAGUCGGGAAGGAAGGAAUCAUUACUAUUGUUGAUGGAAAUACUCUGGAUGAUGAGUUGGAAGUGGUGGAAGGGAUGAAGCUAGCCCGUGGUUAUAUUUCUCCUUAUUUUGUUACAGACGAGAAGACUCAGAAAUGUGAACUGGAAAAUCCCUUGAUCCUAAUUCACGACAAGAAAAUCUCGGACAUAAACUCCCUUGUGAGAGUAUUGGAGAUGGCUGUAAAGAGAAGAAGUCCUUUGCUAAUUGUGUCUGAAGAUGUGGAAAGUGAGGCACUGACUAUGCUUAUAAUCAACAAGCAUCGUGCAGGACUAAAGGUUUGUGCGGUCAAAGCUCCUGGAUUUGGGGAUAACAGAAGAGGAAAUUUAGAGGAUCUUGCCAUUCUUACUGGUGGAGAGGUUAUAAGUGAAGAUCAUGGCUUAAGUCUUGACAAAGUUAGUAUUAAUAUGCUUGGUUCGGCUAAAAAGGUCACUGUUUCUCUUGAUGACACUAUAAUUUUACAUGGGGGUGGGGAUAAGAAGCUAAUUGAAGAAAGGUGUGAACAGCUAAGAACAACCAUGGAGAAGAGUACUGCUUUGUUUGAUAAGGAGAAAGCUCAAGAAAGGUUGUCAAAGCUUUCAGGCGGUGUUGCAGUUUUCAAGGUUGGAGGGGGCAGUGAGGCCGAGGUUGGAGAAAGGAAAGAUAGGGUAACAGAUGCUUUGAAUGCUACAAGGGCUGCUGUGGAAGAGGGCAUUGUCCCAGGGGGUGGUGUUGCUCUCUUGUAUGCCACAAGAGUUCUGGAACACCUUGAAACUGAAAAUGAAGACCAAAAAAGAGGAGUUCAAAUAGUCGAAAAUGCUCUUAAGGCACCUACUUUCACUAUAGUCUCAAAUGCUGGUGGUGAUGGUGCUCUUGUUCUUGGCAAGCUAUUGGAACAAGAUGAUCUCAAUUUGGGCUAUGACGCAGCCAAAGGUUCGUGCUUUUUGACACCUUACUCCUCUCCAUAA